GGACGUCCACCAACUCCGGCCUGGCCCCCGAGUACGCGCUGCUCUCGGAGCGAGGGGCGCCCGAGCCCGAGUUCAGCCUCAAGCCGGUCUCGAGAUGGACGGCGGGGCGCCAUUCGUUCCUGCGGCCGGAGACGGCCGAGUCCUUGUUCUACCUGCACAGGCUGACCGGCGACGCCAAGUACCGCAGGAUGGGCAAGAAGAUGCUCGACGCCAUCGUGGCGCACGCCAAGGUCGACGCUGGGUUCGCGUCUGUCCAGCACGUGGACCAGGUGCCGACCCAGAAGCUGGACGAGAUGCAGAGCUUCGUCAUGGCAGAGACUUUCAAGUACCUCUUCCUGCUGUUCUCGCCAGCGGAUGCACUGGACCUGGACACGU